ACGCGCGCGCGGUCUACCCGCGGUUAACGACGACGACGACGAUCACGGACGUCAUCAUAGGAAAAAUAAAUCCCAAAACCCCUAAACGAAUAAUCAUAGUCAAAUAAUAAUUAUUAUUUAAACCACGGGCUGUCCAACAUCCGAAUCUAAAACUACAACAAACACGGCGAUAUAAAGGUGCGCCGACAUCUACUUUGAUCGAUCGUCGACUGUAGACACCGUAAAAAAUUUAACCGAUAUAAAUUCGUUUUGGAAUCAAAAAAAAAAUAAAUAAAAAAAAAUAGCCGUCCGUCGAGUGCCGCAAGAUCCCGCCGAUUACAUAAGUGUUCUCGCGAAUCGACCGGCAGGAAGUCGUAUCGCCAUCUUCAGUUCGCUGUCAUAACAUCUGACCGUGAAAACGGUAGAUCCGACCAAUUGUGAUCUACGCGCCGGAUCGACGACGACGACGUCAUGGACGGCUCUUGGUGGAACUCGCGAGAAAAACUGAUACAGGUGAUGUCUAGACGUAAAAGUGACGACGACGUACUGAUCGACCAACCGGGCAAAGAAAAGUUAGCAAGGGUCCUCAACCUAGUAGACUUGACGGCACUUGGCGUAGGGUCAACAUUGGGUGUGGGUGUGUACGUGCUCGCCGGAGCCGUAGCUAAAACGGACGCCGGUCCGGCGGUCGUGCUAUCGUUCAUUUUGGCCGCCUUCGCGUCAGCUUUUGCAGGUCUGUGUUACGCUGAAUUCGCAGCACGAGUGCCAAAAGCCGGGUCGGCUUACGUUUACAGUUACGUCGGCGUUGGCGAAUUCGUCGCGUUCGUGAUCGGAUGGAAUCUGAUACUCGAAUACGUCAUCGGUACUGCAAGUGUCGCCAAAGGUCUGAGUAACUACAUUGACGCUCUGUUAGAGUAUCCCAUGAAAAGAACAAUGACCGAACUCUUCCCUAUGAAUGUCAGUUUUUUGUCCGAGUUUCCAGACUUUUUGUCGUUUAGCGUUGUGUUACUGUUAUCGAUCUUACUGUCGUGGGGAGUUCGCGAAUCUACAAUGAUCAACAACGUAUUUACAGUCGUUAAUUUAUUGACAGUGGCCACCGUCGUUAUCACCGGAUUAUUCAGAGUUAAUCUGUACAACUGGAAUAUACCGAAACAAGACAUCCCGAAGAACGUGAAAGGCGGCGAAGGCGGUUUCAUGCCUUUCGGAUGGGCCGGAGUGACUGCGGGGGCUGCCAAAUGUUUUUACGGAUUCAUCGGUUUCGACACAGUAGCCACAACGGGAGAAGAGGCGAAAAAACCGAAACGUGACAUCCCGUUGGCCAUCAUACUGUCGCUGUCCAUCAUAACGUUUGCGUACUGCUGUAUCAGUUCGGUGUUGACUCUGAUGUGGCCGUAUUAUAAACAGGACGCUGACGCACCGUUCCCCUACGUCUACGACCAUCUCGGCUGGACGACAAUAAAAUGGGUUGUUUCUUCCGGCGCUAUUUUUGCUCUGUUCACCAGUCUUAUAGGUACCAUGUUCCCGUUGCCGAGGAUUCUAUACGCUAUGUCCUGCGACGGUCUCCUGUUCAGCAUGUUCUCCGACAUUCACCCAAAAUAUCAGACACCUCUAUUGGCCACUCUGCUGUCGGGCUUGCUCGCGGGAAUUAUGUCGGCGAUUUUCAAUCUGGAACAGCUGAUCGAUAUGAUGUCGAUCGGCACGUUAUUGGCGUACUCGAUAGUGUGCAUUUGCGUGUUAGUGUUGAGGUACAGGAACGACUCGGACGUGGAGUUCGUAAUCAAAGGUAACGACGAAUCGGAGACCAGCAGUUUCACGGAGACGAUCGUCAAGACUGUGGUAAAAUACUUUAACCUGUCAAACAUCAAAUAUGCCAAUGAAGAAACCGAGAGUGUGGCCACGAUCAUCACGAUGUUGUUCAUUUGUACGUCAGCGCUGUUUUGCUUCAUCACCGUUCAACAAGAGGGUGUUGCAAGCAGCAGCGACGUCGCGGCCUACACGAGCGCUAUUUUAGCCAUUGUGCUUUUGCUAUUAUUGCUAUUACUUGCCAGACAGCCCCAAUCGACCAAAGAACUUUCGUUUAAAGUGCCGCUGGUCCCACUGAUACCGUGCAUGAGCAUCCUGUUGAACGUUUACUUGAUGAUGAAACUCGACGUACACACUUGGAUCCGUUUCGGCAUUUGGCUGAUGAUCGGGCUGUUCAUUUACGUGUUGUACGGUAUGAAGCACAGUGUCGAGGGACGGAAGCAGAUGGAAGAGCCGAAAAAGAGACCGUCAAGCGCGGCGGCGGUACAUCCGAUUUCCACCAUCAAGUUAUAG